ACAGAAAUUGGUGUACCAAUCACAUGACAGGCAACACUUGGUGCCCAUCGUUCACCCGAUCUACAGUACCUAGGUAGGUACCUACAAGUACCUACCUACCUUAUACCAGAGAGCAGAUGAGUGUUGCGGGAGACGACUUCGUAGCACGCAGCAAACUGUUCACUUCAUUGCCUGGGACAACAGCACAGCAGAACCGCCGAACGGCGACGUCACCGCCCAACGAUGUCGUCCAAGUCAGCAGGGUCUUUUCUGCUGAAGACUGUAGCAGUUUUUUGUUGCAUCGGGCUUUGUGCCCUUCUUUAUUCCUCGUGGAUUAUUUUUGCCGCCUUGUCCGUAUCUGGGAUCUCUGUAUCUGCAGUCUUUGCUUUUGUACGCCACAACCAGCUUCAUAACACCCGAGAAAACCACCCCAUCAACCUAGAAACUGCGAGGAGUCAUGUGAGCAAGACUGCAAACCUUACUGGAGCAUAUCUUCUUGUCGUCCUGGGCUCAGGUGGCCAUACGAAGGAGAUGCUUGCCAUGCUGGGAAUCGGCUUCGCUCCGCUCUCAUCCAUUCACCGCCGUUAUCUCGUAUCGAGCGGAGAUGCAAUGUCGCUCAAACAGGUCAAGGCUUUUGAAGAAAUGCUUCUGAAUGCUCACGGCGAGUCUGAAGCGGGAACAUACGAUGUACACACCGUUACGCGGGCUCGCAAAGUCCAUCAGCCACUACUCUCCACGCCUCUUACUGCUCUGUUGUCUGUCUUGGAGAUAUUUCCUCUCCUGACCAACUCACCGUUUGCCGGUACCCGAAGUCGCCAAAAGUAUCCUGAUAUCAUCAUUACGAAUGGCCCGGCUACAGGUUUCUUCGUAGGACUUGUUGCCCACGUUCUGAAACUUUUCUUCCUCGCACCAGAAGACGUCAUGCAGAUUUUCUAUGUAGAGUCAUGGGCGCGCAUCAAGACUCUGAGCCUCACAGGAAAGCUCUUCUACUACACCAAAAUCGCAGACGUGUUUCUCGUUCAGCAUGAGUACGUAGCCCAGAGAUACGGCGUGCCCAACGCGGGAUGUCUAGUGGUAGACCAGGCCAGUAGUUGAGAUGCUCCGAGCUUCUGCAGCGUAUUGUACAUUGCUCUCGUACGUAGUUAUUAAUACAACAAGUCGUACACACCCAUGAAGGGAGGAUCU